UCCGCGUACUUUCUUUGCCUUCAACUUUUUCUUCCUCAGCUCUUCUUUUUUCUACCUUCUCCAUCCAAAACCUCCAUAAGCCAGAGUAUUCUUCCGUAUUUCACCAUUUUCUCUUCGUUCGACCUACCCUCACUGGCGAUCGUGAGAAAAUUCUCUUAAGCCUCUUGAAACUGUCAAAAGCCAUGUCCGUCGUUGAAGCUGCUUUAUCUGUGUUCUUUGAAGGGUUGUUUAGUAAGUUGGCCUCUUCUGAGUUUCUCAACUUUGUAACUGAGAAGGAAGUUUGCGAGGAACUCAAGAAGUGGGAAAAGACUUUGCACAAUAUUCAUGCAGUGCUAGAUGAUGCAGAGAAGGACCGGCAUGUGAAAAGUUGGUUGGUCCAGCUUCAAGACUUGGCAUACGAUGCGGAUGACAUAUUGGAUGAGUUUGCUACAGAAGCUUUGCGACUCAAGUUAAAGAGGGAACAUCAAGAUCACAGCGCCCGUAAGGUACAAAAGCUCGUUCAUACUUGCGUUACCAGGUUCAGCAGUCAUUUAUCAUUUAAUAAGGAAAUGAUGUCCAAGAUAAAAGAAAUCACUGCUAGAUUUCAAAAUUUAGAAGCACAAAAAGGUGUCUUGGCUUUGACUAAAAGUGGUGGUGGGAGGCGAAAAAGAGCAUUGGAAUGGCGAUCAACCACUUGCUUGGUGAAUGAAACUCAAAUCUGCGGUCGGGAAAAAGACUAGGAAGCAAUCCUUGAAUUGAUUUUUGGGAGUGAUAAUAGCAAUAUUUUUGGAGCUUCUGUGAUUCCCAUCGUUGGCAUGGGAGGGAUUGGCAAAACAACGCUUGCUCAGCUUGUCUACAAUGAUAGUCGUGUAGAUAAUCAUUUUGAUCUUAAAGCAUGGGUCUGUGUUUCUGAAGACUUUAAGAUGGAGGAGAUAACGAAAUCAAUUUUGCGAUCAGUUAGUUCUGAAUCUUCUAAUGCUGGAGAUGAUUUGAAUAAGCUUCAAACAGAAUUGGAGAAGAAGCUGGUGGAGAAAAAACUACUUCUGAUUUUGGAUGAUUUUUGGCUUCAAAACUAUGAUGAUUGGAGUCGUCUAAUAUCCCCUUUUGGCGUAGGAACUACGAUUGUUGUGACAACACGUGAUAAAACUGUUUCAUCAAUGGUGGGUACUAUCCCAGAUUACAAGCUGCCAACGUUGUCAGAUGAUGAUUGCAUUUCUAUAUUAACUCAACAUGCAUUAGGAGCAAAAGAUUUUAGUGGGCAUCCAAACUUGGGAGAAUUUGUUGUACAGAUUGCGAAAAGGUGCAAGGGUUUGCCCUUGGCAGCUAAGACCAUUGGAGGCCUUUUGCGCAAUAAGGUGGACAUUGGUAAAUGGAAAGAGAUACUAAAAAGUGAGAUUUGGAAUUUACCAGAAGAGAGGAGUAACAUAUUUCAAGCUUUACGAUUAAGCUAUCAUCAUCUUCCUGCAGAUCUAAAGCGAUGUUUUGCUUACUGUGCCUUACUCCCCAAAGACUAUGAAUUUACCGAGGAAGAAAUAGUCUUGUUAUGGAUGGCAGAAGGCUUUCUGCGAGUGGAAGCUACAAAGCAAAGUGAAGAUUUGGGUCAUGAGUACUUUCAAGAACUUGUACAAAGGUCAUUUUUUGAAAUAUCCAACAAGGAUGAUUCUCGAUAUAUAAUGCAUGAUCUGAUUAAUGAUUUGGCUCAUUCAGUUGCCAAAGAUAUAUGCUUCAGAGUGGAGGGUGACAAGGCAUUGAACGUUUCCAGUCAUGCUCGCCAUUCAUCUUACAUUGGUGGUAGGAAAGACAGAAUUAAAAUGUUCCAAGUCUUUUACGGAAAGAAGGGUUUAAGAACCUUCCUACCGUUGAAGAUGCCCGAAGGGUGGAGGUAUAUCUCUAAUCAAGUUCUCAGUGAGUUGUUGCCAGAAUUUAAAUACUUAAGGGUGUUUUCUUUACAAGGGUGCUACCUGACGGAGUUUCCCAAUAUUAUUGGAGAUUUGGUGCAUCUGCGUUAUCUAAAUUUUUCUGGCACUAUAAUCAAAACUCUACCGGAUUCAAUAUGCAAGCUUUACAAUUUAGAGACCUUGCUGUUGCGGGGGUGUUCUCGUCUUGAAGAGUUUCCUUCUGAAAUGAGAUUUUUAAUUAACCUAAGGCAUCUUGACAUUAGAGGUGCAGAUUCAAUAAAAAUGAUGCCAAUGGGAAUCGGUGAACUAACCAAUUUCCAAACAUUGACAAAUUUUGUUGUCAGUCAAGACAAUGGCCGUAAGAUAAGGGAGAUGGAGAAUUUGUCUAAUCUUAAGGGUGGACUUGUUAUUUCAGAAUUGCAGAAUGUUGUCAAAGCUCAAGAUGCAUGGGUGGCUGGGUUAUGUUAUAAGUCGAACCUUCGUGAUUUAGCUUUAGAGUGGAGUUAUAAUUUCGCCGGAGAAGAAAUUCACAAGGACAUCUUGGAUUCACUCCAACCUCCUAAAAUGCUUGAAAGGCUUACCAUCGAAUGUUAUGGAGGUGAAACAUUCCCAAAUUGGUUCGGAGAUCCUUCAUUUGGAAAGCUAUCGAUUCUGGAUCUGUAUUACUGUCCAAAUUGCACAUUAUUACCAGCUGUUGGAAGAUUAACGUCGCUAAAAUCGCUUUCUAUCCGGAGGAUGAGUAAGGUUAAAAAAGUGGGUGCUAAUAUUUUUGGAAAGGAUCUAUCGAUUAAUGCAUUUCCGUCACUAGAGAGAUUACGUUUUCAGGACAUGCCAGAAUGGGAGGAAUGGGAUCCCUGUGAAGUUGAUGAAAAUGUAAGGAGUUUCCAACACCUUCAUGAGCUCAUCAUUUCAAAUUGCCCCAAGUUGUUAGGAAGUUUACCUAAUCGUCUUCCUUCCUUGAAGAAGCUGAAGAUUAAUUUGUGUCAACAGCUGAGAAGUCUACCUAGUUGUCUUCCUUCAUUGGAGAGACUUGUGAUUCAAGAAUGUGAGAAGUUGGUAGUUUCACUCUCAAGCCUUCCAAAGUUGUCUGACUUGGAAAUUAAUGGGUGCCAAGAGGUGUCGUCUACAAGUUGUGCAAAUUCUGGCUCAUUCAUUGAAAGAGUCUCUCUUUCAGACAUUUCAAAAUUCACUUCUCCAAUGGAGGGGAUGAUGUUAGGGUUGAUAAAAGCUGAACGUCUUUUUAUAUAUGUGGAUGUGAGGAGCUAAUUUCCUCAUGGCGGAACCAG